GUUAUCUUCAAUGAGAAUAAAAAAAUUCCAGGACAUGGUUUUGUUGUAACCACAGUAACACAUUAUCAUUGGCAUAUACUCAGCCAAGGACCUGUUUGGCUAUACUUCUAAUUGAGUCUUAUACUCAUUCUAAUACUUCUCUAUAAGGAAUAAACAAUCUGAGAAUGCAAACAACAUUCUUUCAUAUUAUACUUGUGUGAUUAUAUUGUCCACAAGUAUGGUGCACAUGUGACACAUGCAACCCUCAGAUUAAUUUUUUUUACAACACAAUAACUCUCCCAUCUACUCUAUCUCUUCAUAAUUUUUCCAUGUUUGGUACAACAUUAAUUGUUAGUUGUUUUUUAUUUGAUAUACAUCAUUCUAGAUUUCAUUCUUAUAUCUUUUAAGCUUAUUUUAUGUUAUACGUACCCUUCAUAAUAAUAAAUAAAUCAAACUCCUUUAGCUUCAAAUCAACAUAAACAUAAUAACAUGGAGAUUGGUUACUUAAUGGUCUUAGCAUGGGAGGAUGUAAGAGUUAUGUUGCCAAAUUUUGGGAAAGGACCAACUAAAAGGUUACUUAAUGGUCUUAAUGGUUUUGCUGAGCCUGGUAGAAUCAUGGCUAUUAUGGGUCCUUCUGGCUCUGGAAAAUCCACUUUGCUUGAUACACUUGCAGGUAGACUUCCAAAAAAUGUGGUGAUGACGGGAAAUGUUCUUCUCAAUGGGAAGAAAAAAAUUCCGGACUAUGGUUUUGUUGCAUACGUAACACAAGAAGAUGUGUUGUUAGGAACUCUUACAGUGAAAGAAACGAUAGCAUAUUCAGCACAUUUACGUCUUCCGUCAACAAUGUCCAAAGAAGAAGUCAGCAGCAUAAUCGAUGGAACAAUCAUAGAAAUGGGUCUCCAAGACUGUGCAGAUAGGUUAAUAGGUAACUGGCAUCUGAGAGGUAUAAGCGGCGGUGAAAGGAAAAGAACUAGCAUUGCACUUGAGAUUCUCACAAAGCCUCGUUUGUUGUUUCUUGAUGAACCAACUUGUGGCUUAGAUAGUGCUUCUGCAUUUUUUGUUGUUCAAACUCUCAGAAAUAUUGCUCAUGAUGGAAGGACUGUUAUUUCUUCAAUUCAUCAGCCCAAUAGUGAAGUAUUUGCACUUUUUGACGACCUUUUCUUGCUCGCUCGUGGCGAAACUGUUUAUUUUGGUGAAGCCAAAAUGGCAAUUGAGUUUUUUGCUGAAGCCGGUUUCCCUUGUCCGCGUAAAAGAAAUCCUUCUGAUCACUUCCUAAGAUGUAUCAAUUCUGAUUUCGAUGUUGUAACGGCUACACUAAAGGGGUCUCAAAGAAUUCAUGAUGUUCCAAAUUCAGCAGAUCCUUUCAUGAAUUUGGCUACAGCACAGAUUAAGUCAAUGCUAGUUGAGAGAUUUAAGCGUUCAACGUACGCCAGAAGGGUAAAAUACAAUAUUCAAGAACAAUCAACCAAUGAAGGGAUUGAAACUGAGACAAACUAUGGAAGCCAAGCUAGUUGGUGGAAGCAACUCUCUACACUGACGAGGAGAUCAUUUGUGAACAUGUGUAGAGAUAUUGGUUACUACUGGUUGAGAAUUAUAAUUAACAUCAUUGUAUCUAUAUGUGUUGGAACUCUCUAUUUUGAUGUUGGCUAUAGCUAUACUUCCAUCUUGGCUCGCGGUGCCUGUGGUGCAUUUGUAACAGGAUUUAUGACUACCAUCUCAAUUGGAAGCUUGCCAUCCGUCAUUGAAGAAAUGAAGGUAUUUUAUAGAGAAAGGAUGAAUGGAUACUACGGAGUAGCAGCCUAUAUUUUAGCAAACUUUAUUUCAUCAUUCCCAUUCCUGGUUGUUAUUGCUCUUACUUCUUGCACAAUCACAUAUAACAUGGUGAAAUUCAGGCCAGGAUUCAUUCACUAUGUGUUUUUCACUCUUAACGUCUAUGGAUGCCUCUCAGUGAUCGAGAGUAUCAUGAUGGUUGUAGCUUCGCUUGUUCCAAAUUUCCUUAUGGGAAUCGUUACAGGAGCUGGAAUCAUUGGAAUCAUGAUGAUGUCCUCUGGAUUCUUUAGGUUGCUAUCUGAUCUUCCAAAAGUGGUUUGGCGUUAUCCAAUUUCAUAUAUCAGUUAUGGCGCAUGGGCAACACAGGGUUCAUACAAGAAUGACUUACUAGGGCUUGAGUUUGAUCCACUACUCCCAGGUGACCCAAAACUGACAGGAGAAUAUGUGAUAACACACAUGUUUGGGGUUGAAUUAAGCCAUUCCAAGUGGUGGGACUUAGGUGCUCUAUUUAUCAUUCUCAUAUGCUACAGGAUUUUAUUCUUUAUUAUUCUCAAGUUCAAGGAAAGAGCAUUACCAUUAUUUCAAGCACUUUAUGCAAAAAGAACCUUACACCAGCUUGAGAAAAGACCUUCUUUCAAGAAAAUGUCAUCUUUUACUUCCAUGAGGCGUCAACCACUUCAUUCACUAUCUUCUCAAGAGGAUCUUGAUUCUCCACUUCACUACUAGAAGAACAACCACAAAGAAGAGGAAUAUAUAUAGUUUUAUAAUUAAACUCUGCUGGAUUUGAAGGCAAAUUAUAUUACAUUUUUCCUUAAAAAAAAGUAUAUUACAUUUUAAAAUCUGCUUAAUUACUGUGUAUCAAGAUAAUAAUAAACUAUGACUAGACAUAUUUGUAAAGUAUGUUUACACGAUAAGAUUGAACAACAUCGUCCCUGUUUUCAAGAUUGUUUUGUGCUCACAAUUUUUAAUCCUACACCUUCUAUUUUAGAUCUAUCUGUACUGUAACAGAUCUUCAAUAAACUAGUAUAUUUU